GGGAUGCAGGCACACGACUGCCGUUACCCGCCAGCCCAGUUUGGUGGAAGGGGAUGAACUUCCCCAAACGUGUAGAAAACGCCAACGCGCUGGAGAGAGCUCGGCACGACAGUGUGGGGAAAGGAGUUGCUGCAGCCGGCAUGGGGGAUAGAUGCUGAUGCCAGAUCCGGGUUUUGCAGCACCCCUGCUCCGAGAGCCAGAUUGUGCGUGUGCGGUGCGUGUGUGGUGUGCGGUGCGUGCGUGUAUGUGGGGUGCGUGCGGUGUGUGUGUGCGCUUGCCGGAUGGCUUCUGCCGAAGAAGCUGCUUGACUUGCUCUCGGUUUUGAGGGCACGGAUUUAGGGACUCGGGGCUAAAAAAAAAUCCUCCGGACCCAGGUUUGACUGUAGGUACUGAAGCGGGGAUCGACGGCGCAUAAAGAUGCUGAAGGGUGUUUGGUUGCUCAGUUUGUUAACAGUGGCUGGGAUCUCGCAGACAGAGAGUCGCAAACCUGCCAAAGACAUUUGCAGCAAGAGCCGCUGCCCUUGUGAGGAGAAGGAGAACGUGCUGAACAUUAAUUGUGAAAACAAAGGAUUUACAACUGUCAGCCUCCUCCUGCCGCCACCGUCCAAGAUCUACCAGCUGUUCCUCAACGGGAACGCGCUGACCCGCCUGUUCCCCAAUGAGUUCGUCAACUACUCCAAUGCCGUGACCCUCCAUUUGGGCAACAACGACAUGCAGGAGAUCCGCACAGGGGCCUUCAGCGGCCUCCGCACCCUCAAGAGGCUGCACCUCAAUAACAACAAGCUGGAAGUGCUGAAGGAGGACACGUUCCUGGGCUUGGAGAGUCUGGAGUACUUGCAGGCCGAUUAUAACUACAUCAGUGCCAUUGAGGCGGGGGCCUUCAGCAAGCUAAACAAGCUCAAAGUGCUGAUUCUCAAUGACAACCUCCUGCUGUCCCUGCCCAGCAAUGUCUUCCGCUUUGUGCUGCUCACUCACCUGGACCUGCGGGGCAACCGGCUGAAGAUGAUGCCUUUUGCUGGUGUUCUGGAGCACAUCGGAGGCAUCAUGGAGAUCCAGCUGGAGGAGAACCCUUGGAACUGCACCUGCGACUUACUGCCACUCAAGGCCUGGCUAGACACCAUCACCGUGUUCGUGGGUGAGAUAGUCUGCGAAACCCCCUUCAGGCUUCAUGGGAAAGAUGUGACCCAGCUCACCAGGCAAGAUCUUUGCCCCAGGAAAAGCUCCAGUGAUUCAAACCAGAGGGAAAAACACCCUGUCCUCUCAGACCCACACAUCUCGAGGCUAUCGCCCACAGCCAACUCUGCCAUCAAUCCUACCAGAGCGCCAAAAGCCAGCCGGCCACCCAAAACCAGGAACCGCCCCACACCCCGUGUCACUGUGUCGAAAGACAGACAAAUAUUCGGACCUAUCAUGGUUUACCAGACAAAGUCUCCUGUGCCCAUCACCUGCCCAGCUGGCUGCAUCUGUACUUCACAGAGCUCAGACAACGGCUUAAACGUGAACUGCCAAGAGAAAAAGAUAAGUAACAUCUCCGAUCUCCACCCUAGGCCAACCAGUCCAAAGAAACUUUAUCUUACCAGUAACUAUCUGCAAGUCAUUUAUAGAACUGAUCUCGUAGAGUACAGCUCUCUGGAUUUGUUACACCUAGGAAAUAACAGAAUUGCAGUGAUACAAGAAGGUGCCUUUAAAAACCUCACAAGUUUACGUAGACUUUAUCUUAAUGGCAACUACCUUGAGAUUCUGUACCCAUCUAUGUUCGACGGGCUGCACAGCCUGCAGUAUCUCUACCUAGAGUACAAUGUCAUUAAGGAGAUCCUGCCACGCACCUUUGAUACUCUGAGUAAUCUUCAUCUGUUAUUUCUUAAUAACAACCUGCUCAGAUCCUUGCCUGACAACGUCUUUGGCGGCACUUCCCUCACCAGACUCAACCUUAGAAACAACCAUUUCUCACACCUGCCUGUGAGAGGAGUCUUGGACCAGCUCUCGGCGCUAAUUCAGAUAGACCUCCAGGAGAACCCUUGGGACUGCACAUGUGACAUCCUGGGGCUGAGGAACUGGAUAGAGCAAGUCACUAACCAGAACAACCAGCAGUCAAAUCCCCCUGUAGUUAUCAAUGAAGUCAUAUGCGAGUCUCCCACCAAGCACUCCGGAGAGCAUCUGAAAUUCCUGAGCAAAGAAGCCAUCUGCCCAGAGAACCCCAACUUGUCAGAUUCUUCUCUCCUCUCCAUGAAUACAGAUACGCCCCAUCUCCUUGGUGUCUCGCCCAGCUCCUACCCAGAAAUACACACUGAAGUUCCGCUGUCUGUCUUAAUUUUAGGCUUGCUGGUUGUGUUUAUUUUGUCAGUCUGUUUUGGGGCAGGCCUGUUUGUCUUUGUCCUUAAGCGCCGGAAGGGGGUGCAAAGCAUGCCCAGCAGCGCAAACAACUUAGAUAUAAGUUCAUUUCAGCUCCAGUAUGGGUCUUACAACUCCGAGACCCACGAUAAAACUGAAGGACAUGUUUAUAACUACAUUCCCCCUCCUGUUGGACAGAUGUGCCAAAACCCCAUCUACAUGCAAAAGGAAGGGGAUCCAGUUGCCUAUUACAGGAAUCUCCAUGAGUUUAGCUAUAGCAAUCUUGACCACAAAAAGGAAGACCCCACCAGUCUCGCAUUUACAAUCAGUGCAGCUGAAUUACUGGAAAAGCAAUCCUCGCCGAGGGAACCAGAGCUUCUGUAUCAAAAUAUUGCAGAAAGGGUCAAGGAACUCCCCGCCGGAGGAUUAGUUCAUUAUAACUUUUGCACCUUACCCAAAAGGCAGUUUGCCCCUUCAUAUGAAUCAAGACGCCAAAACCAGGACAGGAUAAAUAAAACUGUUUUAUAUGGAACUCCCAGAAAAUAUUUUGCAGAACAGUCUAAACCCGAGCAUCCUUUACUCCAAGGAAAGCUACAAACAGAACCAGACUACCUCGAAGUUCUGGAAAAACAAACUGCAAUCAGUCAGCUGUGAGGGGGGAGGUGGGAGACAAAAUUUUUAAAUGAGCUCAGCAUCACGUUUGAUUGAGUCUGAACUCAGUGCUGAUGUCAUUUGUCGCAUUCCCAACAUUUCCACUUUUUAAAUUAGAGAGGGAGUGAGAGAGAAAUGGAACCCUUACAGCAUAGCAGGGAGAUGGUGUUGCUUUUGCAACGUUCCCUUUAAGUUAUUUCUGUCUCUCUCUCCUUUUGACCCUUCUGUAGGAACUGUCACUGCAAAUGUAUGUUUCUGUAAUAGAUCUUGCAUAAUUCUUCUCUAAUUGAAGGAAAUGAGGAAGGGGGUCUUUUGAGUUUUCUGUUGUUUUUUUUUUUUCUUUUCAUGUCAAAGUGGAAACUUAUUGUAUUAUGUAGAAGAUCUCCAAAGAUCUUUUUUUCCUGGACUAUGACUUUCUUUUGUAAAUAAUAAUAUACAGUACUGCUGUUUCAAUUACCAAGUAUAGCCACUGGGCGUCACUUUUUUGUGUUAAAGUGCCUUUGCACUUUAAGUACAUUAUUACUUAAUUGUUGCUCUUAGCUUUGAUAAAUUGAACCUAUUUUAAUGUGUUGUAUUUUUGAAAUUAAAAAAAAAAUUGUAAAAUAGAUCUGUAUGUCAGCUGCAUUAAAUCAGAAGGUUUGAUUUCUAGGAAAGGUGCCCUUCUUUAAAUGAAUCUAGUUCUAGGACCUUACAGACUCAAAUGUAAAUUAUUGGGGUAUUUUUUCCCUCUAGGUUUGUUUAGAGUGAUUCACUGAGAGGAUUUAGCAAUGGACUAGAGGUUAUCAAAUGCCUCAGCUGGGAGUAACAGCUCAUUAAUAAAAGACGUUUAACAUAAUAUCACAGUGAACUGAACAAUUAAUGUCCUCCUUAAUAUGUGGCGUUGCAGCUCUAACACAGUAAUGUUCAGUGGUUUAAGAUUAUUUUCAUACUUAAGAGAACAUUACUCAUAAUAUUUUAUGCAUCAAAUUAGGUAUUUUUAUACAUUUUGUGACAGAGUUUAUAUUUGUAACUUUUUUGGACUGCAAUUAACAUGUCCUUUUCCUGCCAGAUACAUUUUUUUUAAAUUUUUUUUUAAUAAGCAGGGACACCAGCAGGGGUCAUCCCACACCUCAUUAAAUUUAUUAACAUACAGGCAAAUGAACCAAUGCCAAAAGUAAAAUUUGAACCUGGGUCUCCGGAGCCCUCCAACUCGAGGUAGCAGAAAUCAGUAUGUGCGUCACACUAACUUUCAGGAGCCUGAACUACGUCAAGUUUUCAGUCUCUAAAGCAAAAGCAAUACUGCAAUAAUUCUAAUCUACCAGAGAAAAGUACUAUUAAGUUCCUUAUCUUAAAUUUUAUAAAACGUUUCAAGUUAACUUGAAAACAUUCUCAACAUUGGUUUUCUUAAGCCCCGCAGUGAACAAACGCAGUAAGUCGUCUCCUUUCCCCUUAACUCAGGCCUGUUUUACUUCAAGCUUUGCGUUAUCACCUUCGAUUUACAGUUCCUUCCUGGAGAAUAUUGAAACCAUUUUUAUUAACAAGUACACAGUCAAACUUUAUUAAGCCUUAUUAGCUUCUAAAUAAUUUUUAGAUGCAAACAUUAUUGUGCCAUUUAAACAAACAGCCCUUAUUUACAACAAAAACAGUUUUGUUUUGUCUAUUGUAAAUCCUUAUGCAACUGGGAUGGUGAUCUGCAUAUAAAGUAGGCCAGGCUUUUCAAUUCCUUAUUAAAGCAAUUGAUGGAGUCUGAAAGAAGCACACUGUUUCCUUUUCAUAAAUAGGUUACUGCACAUAAUAAUCCUUUAUUAUCAUGCGGAGAUUGAAGUGGCCUCUGCUGACUGAUUUUUAGAGCUUUACUAUAGUUAAUAAUACAGUAUCUACAACUUUGAGAAAUUUUCAGCAAUAGCAUUUGAGCUAUAAAUAACUACAAUCAAUGUUGUUCUAAUCAGGACUUUGCCAAAAGGAAGUUGCUUUAUAUUUAAGAGCUAAAGAGGCUUUGCGUGUAUAUUGCCAGCUAUCUGAGUCAUUCAGUAAACUGUCUGCUAAUGAUUUAUGUGACAUCUGAGUACAUUAAUAUGCUAACAUGUCAAUUCUUUAUGUUUAGAGUCCAUAGCAUCUAUGGCUGUUCAUUAGAUCAGGUUUAAAACUGAAGUGCUACAAUGAACUGCUGAAGAAUCAGUCUUCAAAAUGGUCUCACUUCAAGAAGGAGGCGAAAUGGUAUCGCAUUAGUUGAACUUGGAACGUUUGACUGGAAUAGCAUCCAUCUCUGAGUGAGGUACUUGUGCGAAAGCUUCCAGUAGUGAUUGUCUUAUUAUGGCUCCUUUCCCCGGGUAAUUAAAAGCAU